AAAACACAAAUGGAGCUAAAAGGGGAUGUUGAGAUCAAGCAAGUUCUUCACUAUGGUUCAUUGAAUAACAUGAUGAUGACUGUUUUUGGAAAGUAUUAUGAUUUUGGUGAAAAUGGGGACGGUUUGGAAUUAGAGGGAUUUGUUAGUGAAGGAUACAAGUUAUUAGGGACAUUCAAUUUGAGCGAUCAUUUCCCGAUUCUAGGUUGGCUUGAUGUUCAAGGUGUGAGAAGGAGAAGUAGGAAACUAGUUUCUAAAGUGGAUGGGUUUGUUAGAAAGAUCAUAGACGAUCACAGCAUGGUUACUGAUCAGGACAAUAAUCAUGGAUACUUUGUUGAUGUUCUUCUUGAUCUUGAGAGAGAGAACAAGAUCACCCGAUCUGAUAUGGUCGCUGUUUUAUGGGAAAUGAUCUUUAGAGGAACAGAUACUGUUGCAAUUCUAUUAGAAUGGAUUCUAGCAAGACUAGUUCUUCAUCCAGACAUUCAAGCCAAAGCUCUCGCAGAAAUUGAAACAACUAUUGGAUCUUCAAGGGCGGUAAUGGAAUCUGAUAUCCCAAACCUGCCAUACCUCCAAGCCAUCGUAAAAGAGACUCUAAGAAUGCACCCUCCAGGCCCCCUCCUUUCAUGGGCUCGUCUUGCAAUCCACGACACACAUGUUGGGCAGUACUUUGUCCCUGCAGGGACCACGGCCAUGGUGAAUAUGUGGGCCAUAGCACAUGACAAAGGAAUUUGGUCGGAGCCAGAAGAGUUCAGGCCAGAGAGAUUCAUUGAACAGGAUGUGUCUGUCAUGGGGUCUGACAUGAGGCUCGCCCCUUUUGGUUCAGGAAGGAGGGUAUGUCCCGGGAAAACUAUGGGUCUAGCUACAGUUCAUAUUUGGUUGGCUGUGCUUCUUCGGAACUUUGAGUGGACCUCUAAGGAUGAUGUGGAUUUGACUGAGGUUCUCAAGAUGUCAAUGGAAAUGAAGAAUCCCUUAGUGUGUAAAGUUGUUGCAAGGGUCUUUUGA